CUGCGAAACUCCAGUCAUCGGUCAACAUUCUGCCGGUCAGUACAAGUUCUGUUUCCGUUUACGGGAUCGGUACCACGCGUGUUUCACGUUAGAACGGUGCGUAAAAAGCGCGACGGCGUCGCGUGUGUACCAAAAGUGUUAGUGUUGUUUGAAGAAGAUUUAACAACAACAACAAAAAUGAAGGUCAAGUUGUUAAACAUUGGUGAAGCGAUGGUGCUGCUGCUGACGGUGCUGUCCUUCUGCAGCGCGGCUAAAUUCCCACCCGGCUACAACCUCUGCAAACAGGAUGACCAGAAAUGCUUGCUCGAACAAAUUGGUACCACUUUCUCAAAGCAUACGAAGGGCAUCCCAGAGGUAAAUCUUGCCGCGUUGGAUCCGCUAAAGAUCGAAAAAAUGGACAUCGUGCAGGGUGAAGGCCCCAUUAAUAUUGAGCUUAACUUCAGGAAUGUAGAUCUGAUAGGUUUGUCAGAGAGUGAGAUCAAGAAAGCUAAUGGUUUUACAGCCAACCCAACCAAAAUGGAACUAAGUUUGUUGGUUCCAGUAGCUUCCUUGGUGGGAGGAUACAAAAUCAAAGGAAAGGUGCUUAUUCUCCCCAUCCAGGGCGAUGGACAUAGUAAUAUGACAAUGGUAAACUGUGGUAUCCAUAUGAAGUGGAACGGCAAACUUGUGGAUCAUGCCAACGGCAAGAAGCACUACCAGUUGGACAAAAUGAAGGCCACUGUAGACACGACCCGCUUCUACAUGCAUUUCUCCAAUCUGUUCAAUGGGGACAAGGCACUUGGUGACAACAUGAAUCAGUUCCUGAACGACAAUUGGCAGGAUAUACUGAAGGAACUGAAGCCAGCGAUUGUGAAGGCGUUCGCGCAAAUCUUCCAAAAAGUGAUAUCGAACGUGUUCGAUAAGGUGCCUUAUGCCGAGUUUUUUCAGUAAAUAAGUUUUUGCGUUUUGUGAUAAAGUGCAGUGUGAAAUAAAGAUUAUUUUGUUUAUUGAAGUA